AUGUCUUCUGAGGAGGGCAGGGCGCCGCUAUGCAACACGAAGCGAGAUCCACCGAAUCCGAUUAUGAAUCCACACUCAAUAUUAAUUCAACCAAGAACCAAAACAAGUGAAUUUCUUGUCGUGCUGAAGUCGAUAUCUCUGAAGGGCUUCUUUCGACUUUGGGGCACGUUCAUUGGACAAUUUCCGUUUGCAUUUCUUAUUUCGGGUCUUAUACUCUGUUCAUUAUCAUGUAAGUUCAAAUUUGCGUCACGCUUGACUUUUCAACGCGGGAUUGUAAAGCUUCACUUACGAGAUAAUGUACGAGAUGGUUAUACACCACGUACGUCACGGUCUCGGCUGGAAACGGAUCUUUACCGGGAAUUUCUUGGAUCCCAAGGAGAUCCUGCGAUGACUACAGUGCUAAUGCUUGCCAAAGAUAACGGCUCCAUGCAUCGGUUAAAUUAUCUGCAGGAAGCUGUGCAAACCAUGGUGCAUAUUUCGAAAAAUCUCACUGCUACCGUAUCCGACGGCAGUACUGUCGGUUACGGUAACUUUUGCGGGCACUACUGUGAUUCGAACGUGGUUGUCGGGUAUUUUCUCCAAUCCCUCUACCAAAAGACGUUAAACCCAGGAUCGAUGUCACUACAACUAACCUAUCCCAUAGCUGAUCUGCGGGGCAUCAAACUGCACCUAGAGCGCAAUUUCUAUGGUGUUAAAACUACUGAAAACUACAAUAUAACGAAUAUAGAAUACGUUAAAGAGAAAUUUUUAUGCUGUUCUGAAUUGAUCUAUUCCAAGAACAUCUUUUCAGCUCAUCUCCAUGUCAUUCAUGGCCGAAAUGAAAACAGCAGCAGACACGGAACGGCUAGGAGCAUGGGAAUUAGCAUUAUUUGA